AUGUCUGUGGUGGUUGCGCCGUUGAAGUGCCACGUUUGGGCGACAUGGAGGGAAUUCCCUGACGGUCGCAUUCAACGUCACCUGGGUUCCGAUACCAGCACUGCCCUCGGAUCUGCAAACUUCGAGAAAGACCAUCCUGCAGACUGCUCCGUUGAGUUUCUGGCCAUCGACUCGAGAGUCGUGGCCUAUGAAAGUCCUCCGAUGCGCGGUCAAGCCGUGGAGCAUCAACAGCAGCUCACUCCGUCGCGACCAUGCGCAAACCCAGACGCCGGAACCCGUUGA